AUGGGCGGGCACCUUCCUGCUACGAUCUUCGGCAGUUACUCGGAUCCUGGCAUCGACGACAUGGCCGCGGGCGCGGUCCCGGAGGCGCGGCCGGCGGGGGAGCUGUUCCUGCAGAUGCCCAGCGGCGCCCGGAUGCCCGCCAACGGCAUCGGCAUGUGCUGCAGGCCUCUGGCCUACAAUCCGGAGAGCGUGCGCCGGACGGUGCUGUGGUUCUUGCUCCAGGGCGGGCGCCACAUCGACGACGCCGACGCCUACUGGAAUCACCAGGCGGUGGGGGGCGCGAUGCGGGAGGCGGAGGCGCUUGGCGUACCGCGCAGCGAGGUCUUCUUGACCACGAAGCUGCUCCCAAGCUUCUUCGGAUCGGAGUCGGUCAACGCCACAGUGCACCGCUUCUUGGCAGAGCUGGGCGCAGACUACAUCGACUUGGUGCUGAUGCACGCUCCAUCGCACCCGCUGGGUCGCUUCGGGGAGUGCAAGGGCAAGUCAUGGAAGGUUUGCCGCCAGGAGACGUGGCAGGCGCUCUCCGCGCUGCGGGACAGUGGGAAGAUUCGUGACAUCGGCGUCAGCAACUUCAACGUGAGGCAGAUGGACGAGAUCCGCUUGUUAAACUCGGCCCCCAUAGCCGCGAAUCAGAUCAUGUUCCACCCGUGGGCUGAUCAAUGGCAGCGAGAUGCCGUCCAAUAUUGUCACAAGCAUGGUAUCGCGGUGACGGCUUAUAGCUCUUUGGGGGGGUUUUUGGAGAAAGCACGGCCAGAGACAGUAGUGACUCUGAAGGGCAUUGCAGAUGCCAAGGGGAAGACAAUUUCCUUGGUGCUCCUGCGGUGGGCGCUGCAGAAGAACGUGAGCGUGAUUCCGGGCACGAGCAACCCACGCCACAUGCGGGAAAACCUCGGCGUUUACGGGUUCGAGCUCACAGGCGACGAGGUUGCGAGGUUGGACGCUCUUCACAGCGAUCCCAACGCCCUCAAGCUGUUCGGCAUGCCCGAGGACCAGACGUGA